UAGAGUUAGUGAAGUGGGAAAAAAAUGGUGGUGGAGAGCUAUGUGGUGGUUCACAACAUAGCCAAGAGGCACAACGUCGGCACACUCGCCCGUAGCGCCACCGCCUUCGGCGUCUCCGAGCUUAUACUCGUCGGCCGCAGAGAGUUUAACGCCUUUGGCAGCCACGGCUCCACGUCACACGUCCGCUUCCGCCACUUUCAUUCUCUCCAAGAGGCCCGACAAUUUCUCAAGGACAGAGAUUGUGAUAUAUGCGGAGUUGAGAUCACUGACAAUGCUAUGCCUGUGAAUCACCACCCUUUCACCAAAAGCACGGCUUUUCUUCUUGGCAAUGAGGGAACAGGCCUUUCUGCUAAGGAGUGUGAGAUUUGUGAUUUCUUUGUGUAUAUCCCACAGUAUGGGGACGGCACUGCUUCUUUGAAUGUAACAGUCGCAGCUUCCAUUGUCCUGCAUCAGUUUGGAGUCUGGGCUGGCUUCCCUGAGAGAACCCGUGAUGGGAACAAGUUUAUUGUGGCAGAUAAACCUGCAAAGCAGACAAGACGAAGCUUCUGUGCAGAAACAGCAGAUUCUGUAAUUGAAGAGCGAAAAUCUAGAAAAGAGCAUAAUUCUAAUGGUUUCUUUGACGAGAGUGCAAAUGACAAUCCAUCUUCUAACCUUCUAGAUGGGUUAUUUAGUGAUGUCAGAUAACCCCAAGCAUCCAAAAUAGUGAAAAUGGUUUGGACUGUCGGAAUAAGUUUGUGACUUUAUGCCUGACCUGUAACUGCAGAAGAAUCUCUAGUAAGAUGUAUCCUUAAUGACAGGGGUUUUGUUACAACUUACUAUUGGAAACAUGGAAUAGUGCUCCCAGUGAAUUAGAGUUGGGAGGUUUUUGCAUUGACGUAACUGCAAUUGUAAAUUACAUCAGCUUUUGCCUUGGUUUGUACUUCAUGCAAGGGCAGUUGCAAGGAUUGUAUUUUUGUUCUUGUUAUCCCUUGUGAGCAAUGUUUAUUGAUCAGAAUCAUACUUCAUGCUUGUGUUGCUUCGGUGUGAUUUGUUUGAUUAGUUAUGAACCAUGCUUGUGUUCUUUA